CAAAAUGUUUCUUUGAACGUGAGGAGGUUUUCGCUUCCCAGAGCUUGUGCACAAUCCCUUUAACAUAGAACAAAGACACAGAAGAAAAGCAAAAAACAGAAAUUCUUCGUUGAGCAGAAAUAUAUAUAUAUGUAUAUAUAUUAUUAUUAAUUCCAGUAGUGCCAAACCUGAGCAUCUCAAAGAACUAAAUGACAUUGUUUGGAAAAAUUUGAAUUUAACUCAACCACGAUUGAACUGUAUAACUAUUAUUUUCUUAAAUAUCAAAAUAUUUAAAGAAAUUAAUUCGAUUUUUCUUUCACUUUUAAGGAGAGAAACAGGCGCCAUUAUGUUAAAACCAAUGUUAAAUAUCAGAAUUUUCUUGUUUCCAUUUUUGGUACUUCUCGUGAUAGUAUUUUCUGUCAAAGAAACCAUUGCAGUGCCUGUCGGCAAAAAAAGUGUUUGUGAGGUAUUCUCGAACCAUACUGUGAUGCUGAAAAAUUCAACAAUAAUUUACUCAAGUGUAACAAACACACUAACUUCAUCUUUCCCACUGAAAGACUCAUUUCUGUUCACUCUGGAACAUUACAUAUGUCCAAGGAAAGAUGACCGCACACCAGCCACGCAGGAAUGUUUCAUGAAACACCCAAUGAAGCUGACCCAUAUUACAUACACAACUGAAGCUCUCAUAGGCAUCGUAAUUCUUCCAUCAGAUAUGGACUGCUCACACUGCGUGGUACAAUGGAUCAUUGAACCAGUGAACUUCACAUCAAGCACGAACCCGAAAAACUAUGCUGUAUGUAUGAAUCUCACCGUAGAAGCACGUUCUAAAUUCACCCGUACCGAUAUUGACUUAACACCUGUAUCGAAAAAAAAAGUCACUGGUGAAAGCGAAAUCAAAUGUACCGGAAACGGAAAUUAUACUGACUUAGCAGGUAUAAGCAAAUGGUGCACAAAACACUGCUCAAAUGGCAACUGCCUAUCAAAAUAUUGCAAGUGUGACAACCUGCAAGAUAUAAAAUUGGCAUAUCCUUGUAUAACUACCCCAAUAUAUUAUGGGCUACCUGGUAUAGAAGACUGGUGUGACAUCAACUGUGCUAGGGGAUUUUGUCCAUAUACACAUUGCGACUGCAGCGGCAAAACUUACCCGACAACCACGACGGCACCUACAACAACACCAACGACAUCACAGACCACUACACCAACAACAACACCAACGACAACACCAACAACAACGCCAGGUACCACGCAAAGUACAACCCCAGAGCCGAUUUGUGAUCCAGUUGACACAUACGAAAUUGUUCCUGGCAUGGAUAUGUGGUGCAAUGUCAACUGCAAGGCUGGGUUCUGCCCAGAGUCACAUUGCACAUGUCGUCCUGGUGGCUCUCCAGGAACAACAACGAGUCCGUAAGAGGACUGCAUCAUACAAAUAUAUAUAUACAUACACACAGACAGACAGAUGUAUGUAAAUAUAUAUGUGUAUAUAUAUAUAUAUGUAUG